AAGCCAAUUUUACUCUGCAACAGCUCCUUUCAGACAGACUUCGGGCCUCAGUUUCAACCCUCUCUUUCUGCAUUUUAACGAAAGCUUAAACAAUUUCUUUAGAAAGCACGAAGAAGAGUUCAGGAUUUGUGCCGGCGGACACAUCAGAAGAGCUUCUCGGGGGCUCCUUGGCCGGCCUCCCACCUCCCCCGCGCCGCGCAUGGGCUCGCCCAGCCGCACCACCUCCCCGCCGUCCGCUUCCCCCGCUAGCAGCGCCGUCUCGCCCGGCGACGCCAUUUCCGGGGCGGCCAUUUUGGGAGGCCGGCGCUCGGCGGCGGGUAGGUGCGGAGGGGGCGGGCUCGGGCCGCGCCGCAGCAGCAGCUGGUGUCAGGGCGGGGGGCAACCCGCGAGCCGGCGAGCGUGGGGCGCCACAGGGAGAGAGCCGCCGCCGCCGCCACCACCCGGAGAUCGCAGUCCCGCCAUGUCGGACUUCGACAGCAACCCCUUCGCCGACCCGGACCUCAACAACCCCUUCAAGGAUCCUUCGGUUACACAAGUGACAAGAAAUGUUCCUCCUGGACUAGAUGAGUACAAUCCUUUCUCUGAUUCGAGAACAGCUCCUCCAGGAAAUGUGAAAAUGCCUAAUGUACCCAGUACUCAGCCAGCAAUAAUGAAACCAACAGAAGAACCACCUGCUUACACUCAAAUUGCAAAGGAGCAUGCCUUGGCCCAGGCAGAACUACUAAAGCGUCAAGAAGAAUUGGAAAGAAAAGCUGCUGAACUGGAUCGCAGAGAAAGAGAAAUGCAGAGUCUCAACCAGCAGGGGGGUAGAAAAAAUAACUGGCCACCUCUUCCUGAGAAUUUUCCAGUGGGCCCAUGUUUCUACCAGGACUUCUCUGUAGACAUUCCUGUAGAAUUCCAGAAGACUGUAAAGAUUAUGUACUACUUGUGGAUGUUCCAUACAGUGACACUGUUUCUUAAUAUCUUUGGAUGUUUGGCCUGGUUUUAUGUUGAUGCUACUCGAGGUGUUGAUUUUGGAUUGAGUAUCCUCUGGUUCUUGCUUUUUACACCUUGUUCUUUUGUCUGCUGGUACAGACCACUUUAUGGAGCCUUCAGGAGUGACAGUUCAUUCAGGUUCUUUGUGUUCUUCUUUGUGUAUAUCUGUCAGUUUGCUGUACAUGUACUUCAAGCUGCAGGAUUUCAAAGAUGGGGAAACUGUGGAUGGAUUUCAUCUCUUACUGGUCUUAAUAAGAGUAUUCCUGUUGGCAUUAUGAUGAUCAUCAUAGCUGCACUUUUCACAGCAUCUGCUGUUAUCUCGUUAGUUAUGUUUAAAAAGGUUCAUGGUCUCUACCGCACAACUGGUGCUAGUUUUGAGAAAGCACAGCAAGAGUUUGCAACAGGAGUGAUGUCCAACAAAACUGUACAAACUGCUGCAGCCAACGCCGCAUCGACAGCAGCAACCAGUGCAGCUCAGAAUGCAUUCAAGGGUAACCGAAUGUAGAGGAAAUAAAAGAAAUUGUUGCGGUUUUCUUUGAUUGUGCUUUAUUUUCAGGUCAUUUAUUCUUUUUCCUAAAAGCCUAGAAUAAAAUUAACACAGCAUGUUUGUCUUUUCUUCAGCUGUGCAUGGGUAAAAUGGGAAAUGUUUUGUUCUGUUAUAAAUUUAUUUAUUUUCAAAGUAAAUUCUUUGCCCCUCUUUUGAAAGUUUCUAUCUGUGAUGUAAAGCCCUCUGUAUUUUAUGGGAGAUAAAUAAUUUCAACAAUUGGCCUCUUAUUGAACAAUGGUAUUUAAUGAUCAAAUAAAUAUAUUAGGAAUUUGAUAAAUUCUUCAAAUUUUUUUAGGGUAAGUCUUUUGAUAUAAACCUGUAAGUUUGCAUGAAUGCUGUUGAGCUAUCUGAUCAUACUUAAAUCGUGUUUUGGUCCAGAAUUUACUUGCACCACUUUAUAGCAUUUGUUUGUAUCUACUUUCAUGGAGUAUUCUCUUCCUGUGAGAAAUGACAAUGAUGCAUAAACAUUCUUUGUAACGGAAUGUGUAAUGCAGUGUAUAAGUUAAGGAAGUUAGCUGAUGGUUACAAUCACAGACAUAAAUGAUUAUAUACUAUGUUUUUUAUUUCAGUAUUUCUUUCUUGAGGUAAUAAUUUUGCUGGAAAAAACAGAUAUUGAUGUUUAGAAUUCUAGUUUCUUGUCUAGCUCUCCUCAUUGACUUGCAGUGGUAUUUUUGUUUUGGGGAUUCUUAGAUAUUUUUUUUUUAGUGUAGAUUUGUGUUUAAAAGUGGUACUGAAUUUCUAGCCUUGUCAGUCACUCUGUUUACUGCUUGUCCAAAAAUAUAAAUACACAGUAUUUAAUUUUCUUACAAUAAUAUUGUCUAAGAUCAAUCUUUUUAAGCAAUGGCAUUUAACAGAUACUUGAAUUCAUUUUAACAUAACUCAGCCAUCUCUGUGAUUUACGCUUGGAAGUAAGAGCUUCCUGUUUCAAACUGAAAAAGUGAAAACUAUUCAUCUUUCACAAAGUCAUUGAGCUGAAGGCCUAAAAGGUUGAACGGUUGCUGUGGAACAGAACAGUCAGUAAUGGGAUGUACCGUCAUAAUGUUCUAAAGUUUAAUCAGGUCUUAUUAUAAAGUGAUGGAUUUGUCCUUAGAAGGUUACUUAGAGUUCCUUGAUUUGGCUCAUGAGCAUAAUAUUUGGGCUAUUUUUUAAGCUUUGUUUUAGAAAGUGAAAGCAGAACAUCAUCCCACGACCUUAGUGUAAUUUUGUUGUGGCUGAAAUUUUUUCAGCUCUUAAUGUGAAUCACUUUUAGCAAGAUUGAGCCAGAAGUUUCUGAGGCCCCUCCAUGCUGACCAAUUAAAUCUUUCUCAUACGGUGUAUUUAUAAUAACAUAAAGUUUUUAUUUUUUAGUGCUAUUAACUUAAUUCCUUGAUGAGUACUACCAUUAGCUGUAGUAAUUAGUUUUCUUUAUUUUACUGACUUCUUUAAAUCCAACUUGAAUUUGGAUAAAUGUAGCAAUUUCACCUACGCAGAAGUUAAAUAUUUAGAUGAUAGUAUAUUAUUAUUAUUCUUUGCAUCGCAAUAUUAAAAGCAAUUUCAGUGUUCUAUCUAAUAGGGGCUCUAAAAUUUUACAGUAGUGAAUAGGUUAGCUUUGAACUUAAAUUUGUGUGGGAUGUUAAUAAAAGCUUUCCAGACAGGUCUUCAUUUUCUGCUGAGAUCGGGGACUACACUUCUAACAGCUGUACAUCAAAGUUGUUCUUUUCAAAAUCCUUUAAAUUUGACUUGGAGGAGCUGUAAUAUGGAUUAUUCUGAAUCUAAAUUUAAGUAGUUAACUUGGAUCUUCCUUGGAUUUGAAUUCCAGGGACAUAAUCCUUUCUUUAAGCUGAAGAAUGCGUAAUACAAAUUACCUGAAUAUAAUGAAGAAAAGAUAUAGAUUUAGGUAUAAAAACCUGAAUUUGGCAGGCAUAUUUUACCAAAUGUUUAAAUGUUCAGUGAGAAUGUUCAGUGUAUGCUGGGUGUCGAUUUGUAAUGUCCCGGGCUGAAUAUAUAGAUCUAAACCUCAUAAGCAAAAUUUAAGAGGCAGUUAUGUGAGCUUUUAAACCAGAAAUCCGAUGCUUUGCAGCCCAAAAGGAAGGAAGAAGUUUGAGUUUACCUUUGGCAACAAAAGGCUGAUGUUAGUUAAAAUACUUUUACCCAAAUAAAAUGAGAUUUUAGCCUCUUACUAAUUACCAGACUAUGGCACCCACUUGUCAUUUUGUAGUAUUGUGACAAAUUGAGUACAGAGUAUGAAGUUUAAACACUGGAAUGUCAGUAGUCAUUGAUACGUAAUAUAGGAGUAUUUAUCAUGGGGAUGUUUGUAUAUUUUGUAAAUUACUAACAAUGCUCUGUCAUCCUGGUGAAUGUCAUGAUUCUCUACAAAUACACUCCUUCUGUCCCUCUGUUGCAUGUCUGAGCUGUUCAGAAGUUUUGUAUAUUUAUUGUAUUAACACGGUGUCACAGAAUAAAAAGAAAAAACUUUUUUUCCGGGAUUUUUGCUCUGUAUAGUUUUGAACAAAAUAGUUUUUUCUUUCAAAAUUCAGGAUGACAUACAAGGCGGCUGAUCUAUGUAAAAAUCUCACUUGCUUUUUGUAAUUCUGUAUAUAAAUGCUUUAAUUAUGCUGGAAUGGGAAAGUUGCCCACUAUUGAAAUUAUACAUUAGGAUAAUCAGAAUAGCCAACUCAAAUAUUAUAAGAAACAUUCUCAAAUACUUGCAGCCUGCUUCCUUAUGCUAUAUAGCUAGAGAGUUAAAAUCCAAACAUGUUUUGUCAUUACUGAAUGAAAUUCUGUGGCUAUCCAGUGAAUCCUGAAACGUUACUGAAAGUAAAAUGAAGUUGCUGAAAACAGCAUUGGUUUGGUACUGCUUGUUUUCCUAAUUUCAAUUGAGUUGACAUGUGUCACUGCUGUGUCUUGGUCUUUUAUUCAUUAGGCUCUACCAGUCGUUUUUUUCCUGUGAUGUCACCUGUAACACCAACUCUCUUGUAUUGAAUGUAUUUCUGGGUUUUAUUUGAACGGGAAACAAAAAAUGAGUUUAUCUAUACCACUGUGGUAUCAAUACACAGAACAGUGCUCAGACAUACAGCCAGGAUUAUUCUGGGAGAGGAUAGCAGAUAUGAGACUUUGAAGAUGCUGGCACACUUGUACAUCAUUAAGUAGUGAAGGUGCUCAUCAGUGUGACCUGUGUCUUCAAUAAGCUACAAUCUCGGGUGGCAGUGGCAGCAUUAGAGGAACAGGUUUUGAACUUAGGUACACACACCUUACAUAAGAGACUGUGUGUAUGCAGACACCUGCUUUGAAAUCCACAGAGAUGUUUAAAGUAGUGAUGCACUGAGUGGCACCUGUCGCUGGAUUUGUUUGGGCUUUAGAUUUCCAAAAGUCAAGGAAGAUGCUUCAGAUCUUUCACCAUGAGCUACUUCUUGGAAGCUUAGAAAGUGUCAGAAGCUUAAUUAAUGUUAUCAGACCUGAGCAACUAUCAGAAAAAACAGACAUCCUGACUUUUCUUUCAACUAGUAAAAGCCUUGUUUCUUGUUCUUCGAUAAAUUUGCUUAGAGAGCAACAUACAACUCUUCAUUGUUUGUCAAGUUGCAGGUGAAAAAUAUACACAUUAAAGCAAGCGUAAUUUAAAAGUCUGUGACUGAGCAGUUUUUGUUCUAAACUUUGUCUGUACCCCUCCCACUACCCACUUUUUCAUGAGAAAUGAGCUGCAGUGCUUUAGUUGCAAAAUAAAAAUCAUGUCAGACGUGCUUUUAA